AUGUCGACUCUGCGAGACUACUUCCCAGCCGCCACUGCACACCGCCACUCGCCCAGCCAACCCGCACACUCCGUCUCAGGACCGAACCUCCUCCCCGUCUCGCCUCGCAGAUCACACUCGUCCCUCCCUUCCAUCGGCUCGAGCACCCGCGACGGCAUGAAUAUCGCGGCGAGCUUUCCCGUACCGAGAUACCUGCGGCAUGCGAGCCUGUACGAGGGCAGGUUCGAGACGGUGCCCCGACUUCUCGUCGACGAGGGGGUUCCGGCGUUCGACGAGAUGAGCGCGACUUCGAGCGCGAAAGGGAAAGGUCGAGCAUCGUUGUCGCUUGCUCUCGGGGUCGGCGAUUCGAUGGCGAGCACGAGCGCCAGCGCCAGCGCACGAUCAUCCGGUGUCGACCCCUCUCCCGUCCCGCCUAUCCUCCUGCCAACCUGCUGGGAUGCCGACGACCGCUGCUCCCUUCUCGAGAUCACGAGCGACCGGAUGGGCGUCUCUUUCGCCGGAUCCGCAAAGUACGGCGACCGAGACGCUGCAGCGAUACGAGCGAACAGGCCUGUCCCGCCACAAGCGGGCAUCUACUACUACGAGGUGACGAUUCUCGACAAGGGCGUGAGCGGGUACAUCGGCAUUGGCCUCAGUCACAGGACUGUCUCGCUCUCGCGGCUGCCUGGAUGGGAGGACAAGUCGUACGGCUACCACGCCGACGACGGCCGCGCUUUCUGCUCGCAAGGCACCGGCGAACCCUUCGGUCCGACCUUCACGACCGGCGACGUGAUUGGCUGCGGCGUCGACUGGACGGGCGCGGGACCGCCUGUCACGGACAAGGAGCGGAGCGGGCUGCGAGGCGCGGCGGCGAAGGAAGCGGCGGCGAAGGGUGGAGGCGGGAGGGCGUUCUUUACCAAGAAUGGCGAGUUCAUCGGCUACGCCUUUUGCAACCUGCAAGGCAAGCUGUACCCGACCGUCGGCCUGCGGACGCCGAACGAGGCGAUCCGCGUCAACUUUGGCAACGAGCCAUUUCGCUUCGACAUCGAGGGCCUCGUUCUCGAACGGAAACGAACGAUUCUUUCCCGCCUCGCCUCGACCCCGCUCGCUUCGACGUCCUUUCUUCCCUCUCCCGCUCCGCCCAUCCCCGCUCUCCUGCCGCCAACGCCGCAGGACCGGCUACACGAGACUCUCCAAGCCGUCAUCUCCGCCUACCUCGUCCACCAUGGCUACGCCGAGACUGCUCGCGCCUUUACCGAACAGAUCAGCGAGGAACGGCUUGAACGGGCGCAAGGCCUCUUGCCGAGUACUGCACCUGCGACUACUACGAGGCCUCCCGCUUCGACCGACUCGGACGACCUCGUCGCCUCGAUCGCUGCCUCGUCCGCCUUGCGAAGCGAGAUCCGACAAGCGGCCUUGUCUGGCACGGGCGCCGAGCGAGCCCUCGCGCUCGUCCAGGAGCACUACCCUACGGCCUUCGCUGACGAGGCCGACUCGCGCGAGGAGGACGGCGGCGUGUUGUUCAAGAUGCGGUGCCGAGUCUUCAUCGAGAAGGUCGUCGAGUGGAGUCGGGCGAACCGCGAUCCUGCGGCAAUGGAGAGCGAAGAUGCAGGUGACAUCUCGAUGGACGGCGAGGCGGGUGCAGCGGAGACGAUCGCGCUCGACUCGCUCCUCGCGCUCGGCCAGUCGCUUCACGCGCAGUACUCGGCGGACCCGCGCCCGGUUGUCCGAGCCGAGCUGCAGGCUGUGCUUGGACUGAUGGCGUACCGCGACCCGGAGAACGAGGCGACGGGGAGGACGAGGGAGCUUGUCGGCAAGGCGGAGCGGGAGAAGGUGGCGGACGAGCUGAAUCGGGCGGUCUUGCGCGCCGCCAACCUUCCGCCCGUCCCUGCUCUCGAAGCCCUCUACCGCCACGCGUCCGCCUCGAUCCAGCUCGCCGGCGACGUCGGAUGCGGGAGUGCAGCGAUGGUCGACGUGCGGAGUGAGGUGCUCGGCGACUUGACCGGUGCGUGA